AUGGUCGCCAUGAAACUCGCCACCAUCGCCGUCCUCGCGACUGUCGCCGUCGCCGCGCCAGCCACUACCGCCACCACCACGACGGAGGCUAAGCCUUUCAGCUUCUCCCAGUGGGUUGACGACAUCAUCAACCCCGACGUAGUCGCCCUCACCCCUGAGCAGGCCGUUGAGGCCUACUACCAGAGCAUCAACGCCACCACGUCCACCCACGACGGCACCGUAAAGGCUAAGCGGGUCGAAAAGCAUUGCUUCAAUGACGAUUUGGGCUGGCGGGCCGAUGUCGACGCCGCUGUCAAGUGCGUGAACGAGGUGGCGGCGCUGGGGAGCAGUGUUCGCUACACCGUUAAGCCCGGCGUAGAGGUCUGCCGUGACAUUCCUGGGGUGAAGAUAAAGGUUGACCCCGGCUAUCCCGACACUUGGGAGGUCACAGCUCAGCAACUCGCCAUUGCUGGUGGACACAUCAUGGACGCUUGUACCUGGGGUGGCAGAACUGGUGGAAUGAUUUUCGAGGAAUGGAACCGAUGGAUGGAGAUCGAUUUGCGCAGCAAGUGAGAAAUGUGUGAACAACCGGGCUGGGGGACGGAGAUAUGAGGUUGUGUGUUAUCGCCAAGGGGUAAGGGACAUGGUUACAUGGAUAAUGAGGAAUGGACAUGCCGAGGGAUAAGGAAAACAGUUUCGGAAUACAUACAACCUACCUUAUCUUGGAGAUUUUUGCGCAGGUUCUGACCCAAUCCAUCCGGACGCCCAAUCGAUAAUCACUGUUUUGAUGUCUGGUAUAUAGUUGUCCCGGCGGCGGCGGUAACGGCCCCAUCGGACAAAAUAGAGUGCAGCCCAUUCGGCCCGGACCCGUCCUUCUUCCAUAUCCAAACAGUAUAGCUUGGCUCUGACGUUCGGUGAAUUGAUGGGUGGCAGACUGGCAGGGGGCACUCAAAGCCCGUUGUUAGCUCUGGUG